UUUCUUUAGUGUGCACUUCAUUGUUCAGCACAGUAAUAAGGAAACAGGUUCAAAUGAAUUAAGUAUAAUUUUUCUUAAGGAUUUAUACUAUCACAACAACUGAUUUUAAGAAGUAAAAAUCAUUCUAAAUAUCAUAACGUGUACAUUUGUGCCUUCAAUCGUUUUUCAAACUAUAUAUUCUGCAGGUGAUAACAAAGCAAAAGAUCCAUUAGUUUCCAAAAUGUUGAAAUACGUUAUGCUCAUUGUGAUCAACUUAUUUUUACUGAUCGAGUUGACAAUAUGCCUGUCUUUUGUUGAACGACCUGGUGAUACAACCGGAAUACCUUGUAAAAUGACAAACGCUGAAACACUAUUCAAAACACUUUUUGGUGGUUUCCUUCCUGCUCCACCAAAUAACACAGAAAUGCAAGCAAGAUUCAACAAAGCAAAAGGAGCAUUCCGAGCAAUCUUUCCAGGCACUCUUUGGUGUGGAGCUGGCGAUAUAGCAAAAAGUGAAGAAGAAUUAGGAUAUUUUAAAGUCACUGAUGCUUGUUGUAGAAACCAUGACAACUGUCAGGUCAAAAUGUUCUCUAACGAGAAAGCUUACGGCCUAAGUAAUGUCGGACUUUUCACCAGAUCACACUGCUCUUGUGAUGAUGAAUUUCAUGAAUGCUUAAAACAAGCUCACUCUGGGGUUGCUACCAGCUUGGGAAGAACAUAUUUCAACAUAUUGAGGCCACAAUGUUUUAAGAAAGAUUAUCCGGCUACUUGUAAAUUAAACGAAAUAGGUCUCUCUGGCAUAAGAUGCUUAGAAUAUGAAGAAGAUAAAACUAAGGACGUAAUUUGGCAAUGGCGAGAUGCGAAAAAGUUCUCUGGCACAAAGAAAAAACCAAUUCAAAAUUAUCCUGAUUAUUCAGAAUUCCCAUAGUUUAAUAAAUUCAUGUAACGCUGAAUACUUGUUUUCGAAUAAAGAAAAUAGCUCAAA